AUCUGGCCAGCUUCUGUGGGAUUUGAUGUCACCUUUAGAUUGGUUCAACUGAAAAUGGAAACACUGGAGUCUGAGCUGACCUGCCCGAUCUGCCUGGAGUUAUUUGAAGACCCUCUGCUCUUGCCUUGUGCUCACAGCUUGUGCUUUAACUGCGCUCACCGCAUUUUGGUGUCUCACUGUUCAACCAGUAAGCCUCUUGAGUCCAUCUCAGCUUUUCAGUGCCCCACCUGUCGUUACGUCAUCACGCUCAACCACCGCGGCCUGGAGGGCCUAAAGCGAAAUGUGACACUGCAGAACAUUAUUGACCGUUUCCAAAAGGCCUCCCUCAGCGGCCCCAGCUCCCCAACUGAGAGUCGACGCAUGCAGCUGCAGCGUCCCUACACCGGCACCAUUAACGCGACAAUAGUUGGAACAAUUGGCGGUGGCGGUGGCAGCACGAGCGGAAGCAGCGCUCGCGGCAGCCCCGCCACUUCCAGCCAUUCCCACCAGCACGCCAAUCAUACCAACGCUAAUCACAGUCCAGCAGUCAUUGCUGCAAUGGAUCUCCGUAUUUCCUGCCAGUUCUGUGAACAGGACCCACCUCGGGAGGCUGUCAAGACCUGUGUCACAUGUGAAGUAUCGUACUGCGACCGCUGCCUGCGUGCAACACACCCAAACAAGAAGCCUUUCACCAGCCACCGCCUGGUAGAGCCUGUGCCAGACACACACAUCCGAGGCCUGACCUGUCUGGAGCAUGAGAAUGAGAAAGUCAACAUGUACUGUUUGGUGGAUGACCAGCUCAUUUGUGCACUGUGCAAGCUCGUGGGCCGCCACCGAGAGCACCAGGUGUCCUCGCUCACUGAACGUUUUGACAAGCUCAAGCAAACACUGGAGAACAACCUAACCAACCUGGUGAAGCGGAACAGUGAACUGGAAAACCAAAUGGCCAAGCUCAUUCAGAUUUGUCAGCAGGUUGAGGUAAACACAGCAAUGCAUGAAGCCAAGCUGGUGGAGGAGUGUGACGAACUGGUGGAGAUCAUCCGCCAGAGAAAACAAGUCAUUGCUGUGAAGAUUAAGGAGUCAAAGGUGAUGAAACUCCGUAAGUUGGCCCAGCAAAUUGCAAACUGCCGUCAGUGUCUGGAGCGCUCCAGCGCCCUCAUCACACAAGCAGAACAGAGCCUGAAGGAAAAUGACCAUGCCCGCUUCCUGCAGACCGCCAGAAACGUAGCUGAAAGGGUGGCCAUGGCAACGGCCUCAUCUCAGGUUCUCAUUCCUGAUGUCAACCUAAAUGAGGCAUUUGACAACUUUGCUCUGGACUUUUCCAGAGAGAAGAAGAUUUUGGAAGGAUUAGAUUACCUAACAGCUCCCAACCCACCAUCCAUAAGAGACGAGCUAUGCACCGCCUCCCAUGACACCAUCACUGUCCACUGGACAUCAGAGGAUGAGUUCAGUGUCACCUCCUACGAGCUGCAGUACACCAUCUACACCGGCCAAACAAAUUUCAUCAGUUUGUACAACUCAGCAGAUAGCUGGAUGAUUGUACCGAACAUCAAGCAGAACCACUACACUGUGCACGGCCUGCAGAGUGGCACCCGUUAUAUCUUCUUUGUCAAAGCUAUCAACCAGGCGGGGAGCCGGAACAGUGAGCCAGCCCGCCUCAAAACCAACACAUUAGCAGCACUUAGUGGUGCUAACGCUGUGUCUGUCUCUGCACCUCUGGCAGGUUUGUACAACUCAGCAGAUAGCUGGAUGAUUGUACCGAACAUCAAGCAGAACCACUACACUGUGCACGGCCUGCAGAGUGGCACCCGUUAUAUCUUCUUUGUCAAAGCUAUCAACCAGGCGGGGAGCCGGAACAGUGAGCCAGCCCGCCUCAAAACCAACAGCCAGCCAUUCAAGCUGGACCCUAAAACAGCUCACAAGAAGCUGCGCCUAUCCAACGACUGCCUGACCAUGGAGAAGGAUGAGAGCUCGCUGAAAAAGAGUCACACCCCAGAGAGGUUUAGUGGCACGGGCUCCUACGGUGCUGCUGGUAAUGUCUUCAUUGACAGUGGGUGUCACUACUGGGAGGUACUGCUCGGAGCGUCCACAUGGUAUGCCAUCGGUGUGGCUUACAAAUCAGCCCCAAAAAACGAAUGGAGCGGCAAGAACUCUUCCUCAUGGGUAUUCUCACGCUGCAAUAAUAAUUUUGUUGUGCGCCAUGACGGCAAGGAGUCGUUGGUGGAGGCGAGCCUGCAGCUGAGGCGGCUGGGUGUCCUGCUGGACUACGACAACAAUUCAUUGUCAUUUCAUGAUGCAAUGAAUUCCCAGCAUAUUCACACCUUUGAUAUCUCCUUCCUUCUGCCUGUUAUACCCACUUUUAUGAUCUGGAACAAGUCAGUCAUGAUCCUCUCAGGGCUACCUGUCCCAGAUUUUGUCGAUGGCAUGGCCACAGAUCAUCAAGAGCAGCAACAGCAGCAUGUGGGCCUGUGCCGCCAGGAGUCACCAUACUUGACCGGAAUGAAGACCUGCCACUGAGAAUGACACAAACGCUUUGUGGGGUCCACUCUGACCUGGCGGCUGAAGGGUCGAUAUGGAACCGAAGAACAUUGUUUGCUGUACGCUUUACAUCAUGUGCAGAUCAGUUACUUUCUCAUGGAUUCAGCAAGUGUUGGAAAGUCUGGGAUGCAUCAGUCCUGUUCACUUACCACCAUCUAAACCUUGGGAAAUCCAGCAGUCAGUGGCACCAUGAAGGAACAAGGUCUCAGUAGACCUAAACUUCAUGUGAUGUCCUUCCUUGAGUCUGAGGCAGCAGACUGGUCUGUCAGUGGGCAGGGCUGGACUCAUAGUCUUCAACAACAUUUGAGGUCUUCCUUUUUUGCUUUAUUCUCCUCAUUUCACCUGGAGCAGGAGACCAAGGAAGAAACAGUUUCAUCAGCCAUGGAGAGUUUUGAGAUUUAACAUACAAAGGCUACAUACAAAUUUGCCUGUAGCAGACAUCGUUUACUGCAGGUAGUUUAAAAAAAAACAACA